AUGCUCAGGACUAUGGAGCUUUGGAGGCAACUGAGGCAGGCGGGACUGGUGCCUCCGGGGCUGGGCCCCCCUCCCCGGGCCCUGAGGGAGGUCCCCCCAGUGGGGAGAGCUGGCCAGACCCUCCUGUCCCCAGGGGCAGACGCUGCAGGUGCCAGGGAGAGUCUGCUGUGGAUCUGGGAGGAGCUGGGGCACCUCCGCCAAGUGGACGUCCAGCUGCUGGGCCAGCUGUGCGGUCUGGGACUGGAGAUGGGGACACUGCGGGAGGAACUGGUCACCUUCCUGGAAGAGGAGGAGAGCCUCAUCGAGGAAGAGGAGGAGGAAGAGCCUGAGGGGAAGCAGGAGGAGGGACACCUGGGGGCCUCCUGCUCAGCCCCACACCACCACCUCCCUGACUUCGAGAUGACCAUCUGA